AUGCAGACAGAAACACGCACACCGGAACGCAGUCCAGCGAAGAGAGUCGCCGGGAUAACACAGACGCAAAAGCAGGCUUUGAUUGACAACCUGCAAUUGGAGGUAACGGAAAGAGCGCGCAAACUACGAGCACAGUAUGCACUGCAGGCACAGGGUCUGCGCGCGCGUCUCGAGAUGCGUGUAAAUCGUAUCCCACAGGCAUUGAGAAAAUGCAACAUGCAAGAUCUUGUCGAGGAGCAUACAGCCAAAUCGCAUCCAGCUCCGCCUCCGCCUAUGCCAGACAUUGCGAAUCCGAAGAAGCGGACCAAGACGGCUACAGUGACGGCUAAUACAAAAGCCACAAGAAGCCGAAAUGCUGGUCCGGCAGGUGUGCUCUCGCCUAGAUCGCAUAACUCGCGAAAUCUGCCUCAGUCGCCAAUCAAGCCAACAGGAGGCUUGACAGAGAAGGCGCCCAUGAUGCGACCAGCGAAUGGUGUUCAAGCCGUGGUCACGAGGGUUACGAGAGCUCCCAGCCGCCAGACGAAACGACCUGGAACCGCGCAGGAGUCGGAUGGAAGGGCAAGCGAAGGCAGCACAACCAGCGCCGGGACCACUAUUGUCUCGAAGCCGGUUACCAGGAAAGCAGCGGCGCCGAAGAAGACUGCGCCGGCGAAAUCUGUCGCGGGCGGCCGGAAAGCUGCGGUAACAAAAGCAGAGCCGGCUGCGGCAACCCGGACUUUGAGGAAACGGAAUUGA